AUGAAUCUUUCUUGCUGUUGUAACCCCUAUCUCACUGAAUUAGAGAAACAGGUGAGCUUAAGUGGUGUAAGACAAACUAGUGUCAUUGAAAAUAAGGAUUGUACCUCUAUUUCUUUUCUUCCAGACUUCUUCCAGAUAAGGCGAAGGACCCUGGAGCAAAGCGCGCCUACCCAUGGGAAGCAAGUUAGGGGAGACCUGGCCAUCAAGGGGAUAGGCAUACCUAUCCCCAAAAAAGAGAACCCCCCAAGGAAAAACAUAGAAAAGCCCCAAAAUGAAGCCCCCCAAAUAGAGAAAGGGGGCCUCCUCCAAGGCAUCUGAGGGAACAAAAUCAUCCUGGAGGAAAGGCCCAAAAAACACCCCCAAAACUUCUUUCGCCCGGUGCCCCCUCCCCAGUGCCCCUCCCUGCCCAAGCCACCAGCCCAAUUUCAGCGGAGGCUGGCACCCCUCUCCCUGCCCACCCAUGUGGAUUGCCUCAAGCCCUUAACAUCUGGCUCGCAUCCACAUGGGUGGGCACCCCCCUCUCACCCUUCCCUCCCCUCCCCACCCGCUGGAGACCCCUGUCCAGCAUUUCUGGCUGGGGUCCCCCCCACUGCCCCGUCACCUUUGCCCCCCUCCCAAGCCUGCAUAUGUCCAGACACCCAGCCCCCUGAAGGAGCCCCUCCAGCCCACCCCAUCCAACCUCAGCCCAUCAGAGCUGAAAUGCAUACAAAGUCAAGGUCCCAGUACCCACCAUGGGGCUUAGAUAAGCCAUGACUAAGGCCCAUUCAAUGGCCUUCAGUGGGACUUAUUCUUGAAUGUAUCUUUCACUCGAUGUGUCGAUAAAAUCUGAGGCACCUUCAAAAUCAAAUCUUUAUUAAUGGUACUACUGUCCCUCUACAUUGCAUUUUGUAGAGCACCAAAAGCAGUUUGGUUAGAUUCUGCUCUUGUGUGAGAGCCUGAAAUAGCCAUUGUUCUUUAGAUGAAUCUUUCUUGCUGUUGUAACCCCUAUCUCACCGAAUUAGAGAAACGGGUGAGCUUAAGUGGUGUAAGACUGAGGCAUCUAAUCAAGAUCUGCAUUUUAAAAUGAGCUUAAAAAAUAUAUUUGCCAGGCAGAGACCAGCUGAAUACUCUGGCAGCUGUUCAAGGGCCCCACUGCUAUAAAUAGCAGUAUUUCAGGGUUGUAAAAGGAAAUUAGAGGCUGGGAGCAAAAGGUCACACUGACCAUACAAAUUACAGAAUACAAUCAAGCUGCAAAAACACAAUUAAGAGCUGGUAAAUAGUGAAAUUUAUUGUUUAACAGAAGACUCGAGCCAUAUUUUCAUAAGGUUAAAGGGUAAAUUGAAGAGGUUGCUUUUAGAAACAGCAGCUGGAUAGGGAAAAAGGCUUCUCUCCAAGCUGUUUUGAAGCUUCAGAGAAUUUAGAGAACUUAGCUUUCACUAAGUUCCUUUUAAUUUGAAAAGGCCUUUCCUUCUAAAAAUCUAUCUAUGUUAUGUAUGAAAUAUAUUGGCUUAAAUGUAAUUAUGCAAAGGAUUUAGAAAGUAAGAAAUGUUAGAUUCUUAUGUUAGAUUCUUAUUAUGGUGUGUGAGAAGGUGAACUCAAGAUCUCUUUAAGAUAAAAAAUUAAAAACCAUGCACCAUCUGCUUUAGCCAUCUGGUUUGCAGUGAAUAGGGCAACAGGGGCCAAAGGUUAUCUGGUAAUUAAGGUGCCUGGUCGAGGUAAAUGUAAGAUAUAUGGCUACUUGUCUGCCAUUUAUGGAUAGAAGGAAAUAUAGCUCUUUGUCUCCCAUAAAAGGUAAUAGGAAAUGGGUGUAUCUUUUAUGAUUGGUUCUAGCAAACAACCAAUAGGAAUUUCAACCAGGCUGAUUGGACAGAGGCAGCCAAAGGAGGAGCAAGGGGGCUGGGCUGAGGAAAUAUAAGUGCUGGCCAUCAGGGCUGGAGUAGGCAGAGCUUUGGUAUCCAUAUACCACUGUGUCUCUCAUUUAUUUGUCUGACAAAUAAAUUAUUAUUUUAAUUUCUCUAUUGCUGCGUUGAAUAUUUCAUUCCAGCUAAGCGUUAACCACAAGCAGGGUGCUACAAGACAAACUAGUGUCAUUGAAAAUAAGGAUUGUACCUCCAUUUCUUUUCUUCCAGAGAAGGCGAAGGACCCUGGAACAAAGCGCGCCUUCCCAUGGGAAGCAAGUUAGGGGAGACCUGGCCAUCAAGGGGAUAGGAAUACCUAUCCCCAAAAAAGAGACCCCACCCCAAAGAAAAACAUAGAAAAGCCCCAAAAGGAAGCCCCCAAAGUAGAGAAAGGGGGCCUCCUCCAAGGCAUCCAAGGGAACAAAAUCAUCCUAGAGGAAAGGCCUAAAAAACACCCCCAAAACUUCUUUCACCCAGUGCCCCCUCCCCAGCGCUCCUCCCUGCCCAAGCCAUCAGCCCCAUGUCGGCGGAGGCUGGCACCCCUCUCCCUGCCCACCCACUGGAGACCCCUGUUCAGCAUUUCUGGCUAGGGUCCCCGCCUACCUGACCCAUCACCUUUGACCCCCGUCCCAACCCUGCAUAUGUCCAGACACCCAGCCCCCUGAGCUUCAGGCAGCUCAGUCCCGCUCUCCACAGGGCACAGCGGAUGUCAGGUGUGGGGCAGGUGGGCCCAGUUUGGACAAAAGACCUUGCUGGCCAAACUUGGCCCACGCACUGGAGGUUCCCUGGUGGUGUGGGCAUUGUUGAGCCAGGCAGGCCCCGCAGAUUUCCACCAUUGUUUGUUAAUCGAGUUAAAACGUUAGCAGGGUUAUUGUAAGUUCAGUAGUGUAAAGUAUGCUAGAUAUAGUGGGAAGGGAGAAAUAGGAAUAUAUGGGGAAAUUGAAAUAGGCAAUGUGGCGUUCGUACAGAGCCCCCAGUCGUCUCACAGACUAUUGAACUGUAGACCAUUAAUCCACUGCCACCAACCAGGUCCUCCCCGGUAAAAUCACUUCAGCCUCAGUCAGGUUCUCAAUUAAUAAAAAAGGGUGUAUUUUAUUUCAGACACAAACAAACUGUUACGGUAUUCCAAACGCUGUUACUCUUUACUUUCUUAGUCUUAUUUUCCUCUCUCUGUCUCUUCUACCUCCCCUCCAUCAAGAACCCACUGCCCUAACAGUCUCUCUCCAACUGCCUGCCAACUGCUCCUCCAACUGCCUUUCCCAACCAGCCAACCCACUAAAACCAACCAACUACCCACCAACAACUCCCACCAACAACUCAGUCAAACCUCGGGCUAAGCCCUUUUAUACACAGGUAGGCUCCGCCUCCAGCUUUCCUAUUGGUCUAUAUUUUUAACCCUAUCUCUCCCCCCUGUUCAAACAUUUUCUAAAUGAACGGGCAAACGCCACAUCCCUCCCCCCUUAAAUAAGUUUGAUCAGGAGGGAUAACUGAACAGAGUUAUACUCCUGAUCAAACUGCAUUAAACAUUUAAAGCAACUCUUUACAGGAAAAAUUAUUAACUGUCCAUGGUUAACCUUCAUCAUCGGGUCUUCUUAAUAAAGGAUCGGCCACAAUGUUCAGGGACCCUUUUACGUUUCUUAUGGUGAAAUUGAAGUCCUGCAGCAACAGGGCCCACUUCAUCCAUUUGCUAUUAGUUCUUAUCAUCAUGAUCGGAUGCAGGUUGUCUUCCUCUCCCGGUUGACACAGCACGGCUCCGAUCCUGGCAUUCAACACAUCUGUAAAGAUGGUGAACUCUAGGUCAUAGUUUGGUGCAAUGAGGACUGGUCCGGUAGUCAAGGCAUUCUUUAGCGCAUCAAAUGACUGCUGGCACGCUGAUGUCCACUCCACAUGCUCUGGUUCUUUCUUACAAGUCAAGUCUGUCAGUGGUGCAGCUAUAGUGGUGCUGCCCAGGGACUCUCUGAGGGUGUUAUGAUCCCUGCCUUCAGCUUCUCCUGCACCUUGUUGCAGAUUUUAUCCAUGUAUGUCCCAGUUAUCCGAUAAGGGGGCACUGCAAUGGGUUUAGCAUCCCCAGUGUCUAUGCGAUGGACCACUCCCUUUGCUAUUCCUGGAACAUUACUAAAGAUGGCUUUGCAUUUUUGUAGGAUACUUCCUACCUCCUCCCACUGUGAUUGGGUUAAUGAAGGGGCUAGAUUCACUUCUUCCUGAUUAUAACGUUGCUCCCCUCUCCCUUCCAAGCACAGUAUGUCAUCUGUUUCUUCUGGGUCCUCUCUUAUAGCAUAUAGAGCCCAGCUUUCUGUUCUAUGGUAGGGUUUUAGUAUGUUCAUGUGAACCACUUUGCACCCUUCAUCCCCCUGCUGGAUAAUGUAGUUCACAUUAUUCAUUUUGGACACAAUCUUGUAUGGUCCCUCCCAGGCUAAUUGCAAUUUAUUUCCCUUUAUUGGCCUUAGCAGCAACACUUCAUCUUCUAGGUUCUCUCUCUGGCCUUUUUAUCAUACCAGACUUUUUGCUUUGGCUGGGCGGUUUUUAAAUUUUCUCCUGUUAUUUUUAAGGAACGGCGUAAAGUGUUUUGCAGUUUGUACAGACAUUCCAUUACUGAAUCUGGAUCACUAUCUGGGUGAUCCUCCCAAUUCAAUCGGAGCAGAUCUAAAGGUCCUUUGACCUUGCACCCUAGUAAAAGUUCAAAGAGACUAUACUCGGUACUCUCUUGUGGAAUGUCUCGGUAUGCGUACAAGAGGGGUUGUAAUUGGCAGUCCUAGUCAUUAGGGUUUUCUGCUACGUAGGCUUUGAUCAUACGGAUCUAAGUUCUGUUAAACUUCUCAACCAAUCCAUUAGUCUCUGGAUGGUACGGUGUGGACGUUAUAUGUGUGAUGCCACACGCUUCCCACAAUCUUUUCAUGAGCUGGGAUGUAAAUGAGGUGCCUAGGUCUGUGACCAACUCACUUGCAAACCCCAGGCGACUCAUGUAAUUAAUCAAUGCAUCUGCUAUGGUCUCAGUAUUUCUUAAUGGGAUCGCUUCUAAAUAUCGGGUUGCAAAAUCUAUGAUGGUCAGGGUGUAUUUAUUGCCCCGUUUCGUGGCUCUUGGCAAUGGCCCUACUGGGUCAAGCCCCAACCUUUGAAAUGGGGUAGAGAUCACAGGUAAAGGACACAGUUUGGCUUUUGUCUUGUCCUGCCCUGUACCUCGUCUUUGGCAAAUAUCGCAUGCCUGGCAAUAUAGCUUGAUUUGUUUCCCCAUGCCUGGCCAGUAGAAGUUCUGCGCAAUCCUUCGUUUAGUGCGUGUUAUUUCCAUGUGUGCCCCAAAAAUGUUAUUAUGGGCUUGUUGCAAAAUCUUUUCUCUAUAAGUAUGAGGGAUUACCAGUUGUUUACGGAUUCCUCCUCCCCCCCCCCCAUACGGUGUGGCAAGGAGUUCCCUAUACAACAGCCCGUUUUCUUCACAGAAUCUCUCUGGGCAUUCAGGGGUUAAAGGAGCAGCAGACUUAGCUGCCUCAAAACAACUGCUUAACCCAACACCCCCUUUUGCUCCUGAGCAAAACUAGCCUUAUGGGUGUUUUUAAAAGGAACUAUAACGGCUUCAGUUUCUGCUCUGGCCAAACCUUCCAAGAGAGGUUUCCCAGCCGUGCCUCCACUGGCAACUGUUUCAGUUUCCUCAGUAGUGGGUGAUUCUUGGCCCCCCUUUGAGCGAGUAACUACAAAUGCACUCUUAACAUGCUCUAGGACAUCCCAGCUGAUAAAAACUACUGCUGGAACCUCCUCAGAAAUGGCUACCUGCCACUUCCCAGACCAAUCACGGAAGUUAAUAUCCACUUCAGCUACUUUUAGGAUCACUGGUUCUUUGGCAAUUCCUUUUAAUUUUAUGGUUUUCUCGGGUAUUAAUUUAGUGGUGGAAAUUAUGUCCGGAUGGACGAUUGUAAUCUGCGAGCUGGUGUCUCUUAACCCAAGAUACUUUUCAUCAUCAACCCAGAUGUUUUCCCCAGCAUUUCUCAAGAGGAAACUAUCCUGUUUAAUCAAGUAACAUUGUACCACAUGAGCCUCAAAAUUUUCCUCAGGCUCAGGUCUAGCUAAAACUUCAGUUUUCUUAGCAACCUGACUAGCCUCUUCAUGCUCCACUGAGUGGAUACAAUAAGUCUGUUUUUGAGAACCCGAAUUCACAGUUUUACUCUUUCCAUCCCCACAGUCCAAACUCCUGUGGCCUAAUUUACCAACAUCCAGCACUUUAUUUCCCUGUACCCAGUAUAAUUAGUUUUAUUUCCUUUUCCUUCAGUGGGACCAAUGUUAGUCAGGGCCUUGUCAGUUGGACUUUUAGUUUGUGGCAUAUUUCCCUUAUUUGUCACUGAGGUAGGGCUUUCCUUGGCAUAUUGAAAUUUGUUUUUGGGGUACUCCCACACUUUCCCCCGAAAUUUCGGACCAUCAAAUCCAUGGUCUCUAAUUUCAUUAAUUUGGUCAGCUAAAGUGGCUGCCUCCUGUAUAGUUUUGGGAUGUCAUUCUUUUACCAGAUAUUUCAGUUUCUCAUUGAUGGUUGUGCAAAAUUGUUCGAGCACUAUAAUCUCCCUGAUCUUCUGAACCCUCCUGCUCUAGCCACUUUGUGAGGUAAUUUGAAAUUUUGGCUCCAAGUUGAGCAAACGUUUCUUCCCUCACUUUUGUCACACUCCUGAACUUCUUUCUUAACUCUUCUGAGGUGAUUCCAAAUCGGGUGUAAAUUAAUUGUUUAAACAUGUCAAAAUUUCUAGACUGGUCUUCUGGCAUUUGCGCAUAUAUUUUGGCUAAGGUUCCACUAAUUCUAACCCUUAAUACUAUCAUUUUUUCCUCAUCUUUUACUUGGGAAUCUUUGCAUGCUCUUUCAAAUGAGACAAUAAAAGCCUCCGGAUUAUCCUUCUCUUUGAACUCAGGAAAACGCUUGAGGUCUAUCUUAACCUGACUUUGAUCAUUUGUGCUAUUAUUAUUAUUUUGGUUUUCCACAGAUGCCAAUUCCAUUUUCCGCAUUUCUAACUGAAAUUGCAUCUCUUUUCCUCACAGAUAGUACUGCUCCCUUUCUCUUUCUCUUUCUUGUUCAGCUUUCAUUUUAUCUCUUUCUUUUUCUUGUUCAAUUUUCAUUUUAUCUCUUUCUUGUUCAGCCUUAAUUUUUCUCUCUCUAAUGUAAAUUUGUAUUCCUGUUCCAACUUCCAUUUUUUUAAUUCUAAAGAGAGUCUAGUCUCUACUGCCUCAGAAGGAAUUUCUGAUAUCUCCUCUAAACUCUGACCUUCUCCCUGAGGAUUCCCAUUUUCCUCUCCCUCAGAGCUUUCAUAGGUUGGUUCCCUAACAGGAUUUCUUGACUUUUUGGGUAGCAUAUUGAUCACUUGUGGUCUGACAGCGAAAUAGUCAGUUGAGAGAUCCCCCCCCCAAGUUAUUCUUUCUGGCUAGGUUUUCUUUUAGACUUUGGCCUUGGAGGCUUGCACUGGGUCUUCACACUGGCCCUGCACAGACACUUCUUCCAACCACAAGUCCAAUACCUCUGCCAAAAUAACCUCACUCCCAGAUCCAACUUCCUCUUCACGAGCGUAUAAACCAAUCCCGCCACGGGCGUAUAAAUCUAUCCCAUCACAGGUGUAUUUAUUUCUCCCACCACAGAUGUAUUCUUUUAUUCCACCACGGGCGUAUUUAUUUAUCACACUGCUGCCACCAAUUUUGUGGCGUUCGUAUGGAGCCCCCGGUCGUCUCGCAGACUAUUGACCCGUACACCACUAAUCCACUGCCACCAACCAGGUCCUCCCCGGUAAAAUCACUUCAGCCUCAGUCAGGUUCUCAAUUAAUAAAGAAGAGUGUAUUUGAUUUCAGACACAAACAAACUGUCACGGUAUUCCAAACAUUGUUACUCUUUACUUUCUUAGUCUUAUUUUCCUCUCUCUAUCUCUUCUACCUCCCCUCAAUCAAGAACCCACUGCAAGAACCCACUGCCCUAAUGUCUAUCUCCAACUGCUCCUCCAACUGCCUUUCCCGACCAGCCAACCCACUAAAACCCACCAACAACUCCCAACAACAACUCACUCAAACCUCGGGCUAAGCCCUUUUAUACACAGGUAGGCUCCGCCUCCGGCUUUCCUAUUGGUCUAUAUUUUUAACCCUAUCUCUCCCCCCUGUUCAAACAUUUUCUAAAUCAACGGGCAAACGCCACAUCCAGUCUUAAUGGAGAAAGAAAUAGAACCAUGGAAGGGGGAAGGGAAGUCAAGGAAAGAAUGUAUGGUUGUAUUCAGUGAAAUGUAAAAGACUCAAAUGAAGGCCUAAAAGAUACCUUGUCAUCAUGUCCUUGCAGGUGUUCCCAAGGUGGAGUGAUGGCUCUGUGGAUUUUGACCAGGACUGGGAUUCUUGGAAGAGAGCUUUUGGAAGCCAGCUGACGCAAUUCUGGCUGGGAAAGACCACCUUCACCUGCUGA